CUUUCAGGCGUUCCUUGUCCACAGGGCUGGGUGCGAUUUAAGGGAUACUGCUAUCGUGUCAGUAGCUCCAUCAAGACUUGGCAAAAUGCUCAAAUGUACUGCAAAGAACUGGGAGGAAAUCUGGUGAAAAUCAACAGCAAGGAGGAAAACGAGUUUGUACUAAACCUCGUAAACAAGCUCGCCCCAUCGCUGAAGCAGAUUUGGAUCGGACUCAAGUGGGACUCUCACGUAAAGGCCUUUGUGUGGUUCGAUCAUUCAGUCCCUACCUUCACCAAAUGGUCCUCAAAUGAACCAAACUCAAAUGGUAUGGAGCCUUGUGGCAACAUGUGGACUGGUCACGCAGGGGAUUAUUUUAGGGCAUCUGGCGACUGGAAUGAUCUUAUUUGUUGGCAUGCUGGUUUACCCUGUGGUCUUGUCUGCAAGAGGCUGCCCUAG